AUGCCACUCAGGGGCGUGGAGCCGGGCAGGCAGGAGCGAAGGGAGGCAGUGGCGCGCUUCUACGCGGAGCUCGUGGGCGUGUGCGCGCCGUCGGAGCCGGACUCGCGGCAGCCCAGGGAGGAUGCUGCGCCGGCGGCAGGCGCGGAAGCGGCGGCAGGGGCGAGCGUGUACGUGCCGCGCGGGAUGCGCAGGGGCGGUGUGCAGCGCGAGGACGCGGACAGCGCGGUGCGCGCGGGCUGGGAGAAGGUUGGGGGCGAGGGCGUCCUGGUGAAGCAGCCGCCAGCGAAACGGAGGCGCAGGGGCGACGGCGUGGACGACAUUGGAGCUGUGGGGAGGCGAGAGGACCUCGCACGGGAGAAGGCGGAGCUUCCCGCGGCGUUCGGGGCGGCUGAGAGGCACCGCCAUGCGAUAGACAAGGGGAACGUGGGGUACGAGAUGCUGCGCGGGAUGGGAUGGAAGGAGGGGGAGGGGUUGGGGGUGGAGCGGCAAGGGACGGUGGAGCCGCUCAAGGCGCGGGCGAACAAGGGGCGCAAGGGCAUAGGGCUGCAUGGCGACGCGAGCAGGAAGCGCAGGCUGGCGGGCGCGGCCAAGGAAGACGAAGGGCGGGCUUCGCAGAAGGGGGGCGAGGGGAGUAAGCGCGUGACGGCGCGGGAGCGCGCGAAGCAGGUGCUGGCGGAGGAGGCGGCGAAGGAGUCGGUGGAGGACAAGGUCAGGCGGCACAAGCAGGUCAUGGACGCGGAGGCGGUCGAGCAGCGCGGCAAGGCGAUUCAGCGGCUGCUGUACACGCAGCUGCGGGAGCCGGACCCGGGCUGCGGGGCGGACGCGAAUCCGCUGACGCGCAGGGGCCGGGGACGGCGCGGGGGGGUGUCGGACGCGAACCCGCUCGCGGGGUUCUGGGACUAG